GAUUAACCUCGUCUGUGGUUUCGAAAUGUCAAAAUUUAGACUAGUAAAUAAAUUUCGAUCAAUCAAUCCUCCAGAUUAAUCGAGAAAUAAAUAAUAUAAAACAGUUUCAACCAUGGCAAAUGAAGUCGAAGAUACCUUAAAACGAAUUCAAUCUCAUAAAGGUGUUGUAGGAAUAAUUGUUGUGAAUUCUGAAGGCAUACCAAUAAAAACAACACUUGACAAUACUACCACUGUACAAUAUGCAGGUCUAAUAAGUUCAUUGUCAGACAAAGCUAGGAGUGUUGUAAGAGAUUUAGAUCCAUCUAAUGAUUUAACUUUCCUUCGCAUAAGAUCUAAAAAACAUGAGAUAAUGGUGGCACCCGACAAAGAGUUCAUUCUGAUGGUUAUACAGAAUCCAACUGAUUGAUGUUACAUAUUUUCUGAGAUACUGUGCACUUAAUAGGAGUAUGAGUUAACACUUUUUAUUAUAAUUUAUAGUAUUAAAAAUAAACCUCUUUUAAAUUAA